AUGCUACGAGCCUUUGGCACUUUCUUGAUCCAAGCGCUGGUGGGAUGCCAUUCGAUCCGGACCUUCAAGGAGGAAGUCGAGAUUGGAGACUUGGGCCUCAGUGAUUUCCCGCCCUUGUGUGACGAAGAGAUCGUCUCCCAGACUUGCCAUCACCUAAACGGAGAUGGUCGCGGCUUGGAGAUCCAAAAGCAUCAUCUGGCCAAUGCUCUCUCCAAGACAGACCUGGAGAUGCAACUUUUCUGGGGUGACCUCGACCUCGUGGAGGGCGAGUCAGUAGCCUGCAAAGACCUCUGCACCGCUGUCACCGAGUAUAUCAAG